AUGCCUACAAAACUGCGCACCGCAGUUCGCAGGAGCUUAAGUCCUCUUGCAGGAAAGAAUACCGGUGUAGGCAUUACAACAGAAGGAAAAGUAUUCUACUGUCCUUCCUGCUCAACAUGGCGAAGACGAACCGUCUCAACAGUCACGAAUAGUUACCGAGCGCGCAACCCGGCUGGUUUUCGACAUGUUUUCCACGACAAUAACACCCCCAAAAUCAACGCAGCGACACGUCGAUAUUUGACUGUGUCAGCUCCUACGAGACUGAAUUCCUCGGCUAGUCUUGUCGUCGACAAGAGCGUACCCGCCCGCUUUCGAGAGUUGUACGCCGCGCUCAAGGAGUUGGAGGAUGUUGCUGCGGAUCAUAUCAGUUUGAGCCGAUUGCAGCUUGUGCAGCGUGGAUUGGAGUCUGAGGAGCCUGUUGUUCGUGUUGCUGUGCUUGGUGUCAACAAUGCGCGUACUACUCGUCGACUGGUUAGGUUACUUUUGGCGGAUCCAUUGACGGAGCGACAGUCUUGGGAAGAUUUGAUAGAUUCUUAUGGAAUUGAAGGGUCGAAUGGAUUACUCAUUCGAUACGGCGAAGAAUCCGGCAUUGUCGAAAAUAACCUUUGUCCUACGAUAUCGAUAAACUCUCCCCUGCUGAAACAAGGCCGGAUCGAAUUGUUUGUGAGCACACUUGGUCCGGGUCAAGAACCGGAUACGGGCCCUAUUACAGAUGAGGUGUUUUUCGUGCCGACGAUUACGGUUCAGUCGAUGGAGAGUGGUGGACAUGAACUGAUUAGAUACCCGGUCCACAAAACUAUCAUAUUUGGUACGGGCACAGAAGGGCUGUUGGCCUAUUCUGGUUUAUUGGGUCGUGCUGCUUGGAAGUCUUCGGAAAAGUUGGUGCAUGGGGUUAUUGAGUUGGGUGUUGAGGGAGAUAGACAAAAGGAUGGCGCAGUGACGUUUGUGAACACGGAGGUGGCAGAGACUGCAUUGGACAAGUUUCGGGAAUCGGUUCGAUUUGCAUCGGAAUAUGAGCGUGGUUGGACGGCAGGUGGUGUUCAGUCGGUGGCUGACUGGUUACCUACGGCCUUUACGAAGUCAGGAUUGAGCUCGGAGCUGCAGACAAUCAUCGAAUCAUUGCUAGAUGCAGCUGAAGAAGGGGUUACUGUGGAAGAAGUCAGGCGCGGCAAGGAAUUGGCGUUGACUGAUACAUCUGCAGAGACCCGCCGGAGUCUUGACCAGUCAGUCUCCAUAUGGGCUGAGCGGGCUCAUACCGAGCUUCGCAACGCUUUAGACGAGGGCUUUGCGAGUCAGAGAUGGAAUGGACUGUCAUGGUGGAAACUCUUCUGGCGUGUCGACGACGUGGGAUCCGUCACGUCAGAGAUUCUACAAACUAGAUAUCUCCCCCGAUCCGAGAAGGAAAUGAUUUGGACGGCAGGACGUGUUGAGCAGACUGGUCUGUUAGACGGAGCGUCCGACACUCCAAAUCUGGCAGAGCCGUCGCCCGUCAAGGAUACAGAGCAGCCCGAAAGCGACACCCCUCCCUGGCCACUACAAAUCGCUACUAGCCGUCUGCACAUGCUCAAAACGACUGUCCCGUCUUUACAAGCGCUCUCGCAGGGCCUUGUACUUUUCAGCGCCUCGACUGCAGGUCUAACGUCGGCUCUAUCGGCAUUACUAUACACAUCCGCGUCAACUGGUCUGUACGAAGCAUGCACAAUCGCGGCUGUUGGGUUGAUGUAUUCCCUUCGUCGACAACAGGUCAAAUGGGAAAAUGCGCGAGCUGUAUGGCAAGCUGAAGUUCGCGAACAGGGCCGUACUGCGUUGAUAGAGACGGAGCAAGUGUUGCGUCGGUUGAUUCGAGAUGGGCCGUCCUUACCAAGGGAUGAGAGUGCUGAAAGGCGGGCGAAGAUGGUUAUUGCUCGCGCUAGAAAGGCGCUUGAAGACGUUCGGGAGAAAUAA